AUGAGUUUCGCUAAUUUAAUUUAUCGCAAAUACGAAAAGAAACAUCCAAGAAAAAAUUAUGUUCAAAUUGUUGAAAUUUUCGGAACACGUCAAAGGCCGCCACAUUACCUUGAAAGUGAAAAAGAUUUGAAUGAUUUUUUGGCUCGUGAUGCAUAUAAAACCGAUAUGAAUUGUACAAAAAUUAGUGAAGAUAAAAGUGAAAGAGUUACAGAGGCACCAACUACGCGACCACCUUCAACAACUUUUCCUACAAUCCCAACAACGGCUUAUUGGUUAGCAGUCAAGCCAACACUUCCUGUUACUAGUCCUAGAACGACGUAUCGCACGAUUCGCCCAAAUCUCAACAAUAUGUUCACUAUUCGAACUACAAAGCCUACGAUUAGGCCAAAUCCACGAGAGAACAGCAAUCCCGAUUACACCGACUUAGGGCAUGAAAUGGAGCCAAACGUUCAAAUGACAAAGCAUCGUUACAGCACCGUUCCACCAACCAUAGUUAUCGUUGAAACAGACGAUAUUCCAUUGACUGAAAGAACAUCGCUCUUUGAUAUUGAUAAGGAACGAACAACAACAAGAAAAUCUUAUUCGGGAGAGUUUUCAGAUGAUGAAAUAAUUUAUCCCGAUGUGGAGGAAAUCGAGGAAAAUGAUGCUGAAUACGAUGAAAAUAAUUAUCCAGAAGUAAUUCCUUCAGAUCAAAUUGAACCACUACGUGAUAAUUAUGAUGAUGAAGUUGAUGAAGGUUAUGAAGAUUAUGACGAACAAAAUGUAGACCUUGGAAGAAGACGAAAACGUCACAAGAGAAAGUUAGUCACGUCGAUAAACAAACGAAAAAAUACAACAAAAAAUUAA